GCAGUAUGGCGGCGGCCUGCGGGAGCGGUUUGAUUUAUACGUUUUGUCAGGCUUCUUAUUCAAAACAUUCUUGAUCUGCCAUUUUUUUAGAGGCAGCCAGUUAUCGAUAUGUUCCGCUGACAACGGCCUCCUGGUGCUUCCCGCAGCUCUGUGGACAGAAGCGAGAAUUUUCAUUCAGCUGCAGUUAUCCUAGGUCCAUCUAAACAACAACAGAAAUUUGGAAUCAAGAACCAGAUCUGCUCAUCGCUUCAGCCACUCCCUGGUUUAUCUUAAACCGGGGAGUGAGCCCACUUAGAGGGAAGGGAAGCCCUGGGGUAAUGAACACCCAGGUUAUCCCGGGGCCAGCGAUCUUAAUCUGGAUAAGAAGCCUUCCUGACAGGCAAUCUGGUGACUGUACAUGUGUUAUGUAAUUUUCUAUGAUAAAGUAUCAAAUGUAUAUUUAGUGCUAUAAUAAUUUGCAAAAGAAAUAAUGUCUAGAGUCCCCACACCACCUCCCCCUGCUGAGGAGACAAGUGGCCCUGUUGCUGAAAGCUGGUGUUACACACAGGUCAAGGUAGUGAAAUUUUCAUAUAUGUGGACAAUAAAUAACUUCAGCUUUUGUCGUGAAGAAAUGGGUGAAGUUUUAAAAAGUUCAGCAUUUUCAUCUGGGCCAAAUGAUAAAAUGAAAUGGUGUCUAAGAGUGAAUCCAAAAGGACUAGAUGAUGAAAGCAAAGACUACCUGUCAUUAUACUUGCUAUUAGUCAGUUGUCCAAAAAGUGAAGUUAGAGCAAAAUUUAAAUUUUCUCUCCUAAAUGCUAAAAGAGAAGAAACAAAAGCCAUGGAAAGUCAAAGAGCUUACCGGUUUGUACAAGGCAAAGACUGGGGUUUUAAGAAAUUUAUUAGAAGAGAUUUUUUACUUGAUGAUGCUAAUGGUCUUUUACCAGACGACAAACUUACACUAUUUUGUGAGGUUAGCGUGGUUCAAGACUCUGUAAACAUAUCAGGCCAAUCUAAUACAAAUAAUUUGAAGGUACCGGAAUGCCAACUAGCUGAAGAUUUAGGACAUCUCUGGGAAACCACACGUUUUACUGACUGCAGUCUAUAUGUAGGAGGUCAAGAAUUUAAAGCUCAUAAAUCUAUUCUUGCAGUUCGUUCUCCAGUAUUUAGUGCAAUGUUUGAGCAUGAAAUGGAAGAAAGUAAAAAGAAUAGAGUUGACAUCCAUGAUGUGGAUCCUGAAGUGUUUAAAGAGAUGAUGAGAUUUAUAUACACAGGGAAAGCACCAAAUCUAGAAAAGAUGGCUGAUAACUUAUUGGCAGCAGCAGAUAAAUAUGCACUGGAACGGCUAAAAGUCAUGUGUGAAGAGGCAUUAUGUAGUAACCUCUCUGUAGAAAAUGUUGCUGAUGUUCUUAUUCUCGCAGAUUUGCACAGUGCAGAGCAGCUGAAAGCACAAGCAAUAGACUUUAUUAACAGAUGUAGUGUUCUCAGGCAGCUUGGUUGCAAGGAUGGGAAAAGCUGGAACAGCAAUCAAGCGACAGACAUAAUGGAAACUGCAGGCUGGAAAUCCAUGAUCCACUCCCAUCCGCACUUAGUAGCAGAGGCCUUUCGAGCAUUAGCAUCGGCACAAUGUCCACCGUUUGGAAUCCCAAGGAAGAGACUAAAACAGUCAUGAACUUUAUAUUUGAACUUUUUAAAAUGGGGGAAAAAAAGAACUUUACUUCUCAGUGUUCUGAACUGUUUUACUAUACAAGCAGAAACUGUGUUUUUCUUUAUUUUCUGGUUCUGUAGCUCACAGAAUUGAGAACAAUUCUAGUGUGAUGUUUUGCAGAUGGAUAACAUGAUCUAAUCCGAAGCUUUAAGUUAGACUGGUAGCUCUCUCAUUCACUGAAUGGCCUUAAAUUAUAACAGAUCCAGUCUAAAUGAUCUUGUGUAUGCCAGUUGGCGCUCUUUACAAACUGUGCCUUGUCAUGGGACUAGGCUAUGCAGGAUUGCACUAACUCCAUGAUGCAGUUGUGAUAAUGGAAUAUUUAUUUUGAAAUAAGGAAAUAUUUUUUUUAAAUAGUUAUAUUUUAUAUAAUUUUGCUACACCUAAGGGCUCAGAUAUGGCUUCAAAGAGGGAGCUCAAAAUCCCCAAAACAAAAUAUAUUUCCUUGUGUAUAGAUAAAGUUGGGUUACAUUCAAGAGCUUCUAACAGUGUUAAAAGCAUGCUUUGGGUGGCCACACCACUAUGUAUUGAGCUAAUUAAUUUAUCCUGAAAUGUAAAAUGCCUUUUCUAUCCGUUAUUUUAAACAAUGGUUAAAUCUGACACACAGAAUAAGCCUGUGUAUUUUUUAUUUGCAAAUAAUCCUAACCUAAAUUUAGCUCUCCAUUUUUCCUUAGUACAUUUAAGUGUGCCAACAUUUACUCUACGAGCCUACCAGAUCUAGAUGCACUUUUGAUAACUGAUUUAUUUUAAGCAAAUAACUUAGUUAAGAAAUAAUUGAAUCAAGUUUUUAGUUUAUUAUUGUGUGCAAUAUGAAAUUUAGCAAAUUGUACUCCCCCACCCCAUAGUAGUAAAUGCUUCAUGCUCCACUUUUCGGUUAUAUUCUGACUUGCAUUAUGGAUGGUAUUGGAAUUCUGCAUGAUAUCAAAAGAUGUUCAACUGGUUGUAGAUGUGUUUAAGGAGGUUUCCUCUGAGCCAGGUCAUAAAUAGUAAUAAUAUUUAAUGUGUUAUUGCAUUGUUUACAGUAUGUGCAAAUAAAUACUAGCGCACAAUUCAGGUUAAAUCAUUGCCUGCCUUUGAACUUAUGGGAUUCAUUAAAGAGCCCUUCUAGUUUUCACAUUGCAUCCUCUUUCCCUUAAUAUUAUGUGCAGAAUGGCAUCUAAAAUUUAGCAGCAGCUGCAAAUGUUAGGGUAAAAGCUUAAAAUGCAGCCUUGAGUCUCUAUUGCCUUUUUCUCUUUUCCAUUUUUUUUAAUUAAAUAAGUAUUGUAGCAUCAUUAACAGCUUUUGAUCUGGUCAAUGCAACAAGAUGCCAUAAUAUGCCUUUAAAAGGCAUGAAAGUAAAAAUUCAACUUUUCUGGUUCUGAUAGCUUAUGCAGUUUAUCAAGAGACUUCUAAAUUUAGUUCCAUUAUCAAAUUUACGUAAUUAUUUUGGCAUCCUUUGUUGAAAACAUACCUAGUUAGGCUCAGGAACAGCAAUGCGUUACUAUGAACCAUCUGGUGAUAGGUAGCUACACACAUAUGCCUCUUGUUACUGGCUCACCAGAUGUUUUCUACUUUCUCACAGUAGCGCAUUGCUGCUCUGGAUCAGACAUAAUGUGUUGAACCCCUUUUCAGGGGUUAAACACAUAGCUAUAUGCAAGCAACCAUGCAAGAAUAAAAAUUUUUAACUUAUGAGAGCAGGGCUUGGCAAAUUUGUUCAAAAUUUAGGAGCCAGAAUCUUUUGGCCAUUCCUAUGAUAUGCACUAUAUAGCCAAACAUAUGCACCUCUGACUAUUACACCUAUAUAAGCUUGUUGGAAAUCCCAUUUAAAAUCCAUGGACAUAAAUAUGCAUUUUUCACCCCCACCCCACUGUGAGGCUAUACCAUUCUUCUGGAAAGGCUUUUAACAGAUCUUGGAAUAUGUCUGUAGGAAUAAGUGUCUAUUCAGUCAAAAGAGCAUUUGUGAGGUCAUGCACUGAUGUAAGAUGUAGGUCUGGCUUGCAAUUGUCAUUCCAGUUUGUCCCUAAUGGGUUGAGGUCAGGUACAGGACACUCAAGUCCCUUCACACCAAACUUGUAAUACCAUGUAUUAAAGGAUCUCAUUUUGUGCACAGAGACACAAUCAUGCUUGAGCAGAAUGUGGUCUUCACUAAACUGUUGCCACAAAGUAGGAAGCACCCAAUUGUCUAAAAUCUCUUGGUAUCCUGUAGCAUUAAGCUGACCCUUAAUUGCAACUAAGGGGCCUAGCCCAAACCCUGAAAAACAGCCACAGACAAUUAUCCCUCCUCUACAAACCUUAACAGUAGGCACAAUGCAUUCUAGUAGGUAGCAUUUUCCUGGCAUCCACCACACACAGAUACUUACAUUAGAUUGCUAGAUAGUGAAGAGUAUUUCAUCACUACAAAAAACAUGUUUUCACUGCACCAGAGUAGAAUAGUGGUGUGCUUUACACCACUCAAGUUGACACUUGGCAUUGUGCAUGUUGAUGUGAAGUUUGUGUACAUUUCAUGAAGGUCUCUGCACACAGCUCUUGUGCUGAUGUUGCUUCCAGUUUGGAACUCAGAACUGCCAAUGUUUGUCUGUGGAGAUUUCAUGUGCUGGAUUUUAUGUAUGGCUGAACCCAAUAAUUUAUGUAGAAAUGUAAUAAUUUCCUGUUCCUGCAUGACUGUGCCCCUGUGCACAAAGCAAGGUCCACAAAGACAUGGUUUGACACGUUUGGUUUGGAGAAACUCUAGUGUACUGCACAGAGCUCUGACCUCAAACCCAUUAAACACCUUAGGGAUGAAUUGGAACAUGGACUGCAAGCCACCCCUCCUCAUCCAACAUCAGUGCAUCUCACAAAUGCUCCAUGAUCUUGUGUAAAUACUUCCCUAGCAGAGAGAAGGCUGUUGUAGCCGCAAAUUAGGGGAGGGGGCAACUCCGUAUUAAUGCCCACGGAAUCUCCAACAAGCUGAUAUGGGUGUGGUUGUCAGGUGUCCAUAUACUUUUGGCAAAGCCUUGCAUAAGAGUAUUUUCUUUCUUACACUUAUAUAUUCAUUAAAGUAACCAAACUUCAAAGGCUGAUAAGUGAGUAGAAUUCUCAUAAUAGGUUUUUCAGAGCACACAUUAAAUGUUACAUUUCAGAGACUGCAUUCACUAAAUGCUAAACAUGAAUUUACAAUAAGUAUAAAAGUGAGAAAAAAAGUCCCCACUGUGCUCAUUCAUGUUAAUGAAAGCAGGUUUUGGCUGUUUAUUUUUUAUGCACCUCAAAGUCUAACUUGGUGUUUUGCUUACUCAGUUAUAUAUGUGCUGGAAAAUGUAAGUAUUAAGUUAAAAAUAUGUAAGACGUCUAUAUAGGAAAUCUUCCAUACUGCUUAUAUUCUAAUUUUGAAGGAAGCCUUUAAUGGAAUUAAUUUAUAAUGUAUAUGAGGGACUGUUUCAGAUUGUGUAAUUGUUCACUGAAACAUAUUUGUUGAGCAAAACUGUUCUUUGGCAAUGGCCAAAUUGUAAUGGAGCAUUACCUUGUUAUAAAGGUGCUUCAAAAGCUCCGAAGUUUAAUCUUGCACAGAGCUAUGGUUAAUACAUUGAAUAAUUCUAUUUCAGGUUGUACUAAGAUACUUGAAAUAUGAGGUAAAAAAUAUAUUUUCAAUGUAUAUUAUUUUCAACUUUAAAAACACAUUUUGUACCAAAAAUGUCAAACACUGUGCUGUAAGUAAAUGUAUAACUGUAGGAUCCAGCUGCAUUAAUGAUUUUUGUGACUUAAAAUGUUGUUAUGUUAUUGGUCAAUAAUAUUUUAAGUCUUCCGUUGGCUGUUUGAAAUUUAAAAUCAUAACUGUCUUUUGA